UUGUUUAUCCUUAAAGAGAACCGAUUUGCAACUGGUAGCUCACUGGGAGAUGUUACAAGGAGAGCCACACAAACUGGCUUGAUUUUGACUUUUUUUUAAAAAAAAAAAAAUUAUUAUUAUUAUCAUUAUUAUUAUUGUUCUCGAAGACAACGACAGCAUCUCCUAACAAACUACAGAAGCAACGGAGGCGCUCCUAAAAGGGCACCAGUCUUCAGCAGCCAUGCUUUCUCUGGACGAGCCGCUGGACCUGAAGCUUCCCUCUGUGAAGUUUGGAAAGAGGUCCUGUCCCUCAUCGAUCUGUGCUCCUCUCCACACCUCAAGGCCACGCCUGCAGUACACCACCUUCCCAUCGCCGCCCUCCUCACCAGAUUCCCAGUCUUCUCAGGAGCGACCCGGCUGCUGCUUCACCCCUCCAGCCAUGGACCUCAGCAUGUCCCCGUCUUCUCAGCGGGCCCUCUCCCUGUCUCCGUCUCCGUCCUCCCCCUCGUCCCCCUGCCCUCCAUCGCCCCUGGAGUCCCCUCACAGCAGCAGCAGCAGCAGCAGCAGCAGCAGCAGCAGCCCGCAGCCUCACCUCUUCUCUCGGGAAGCGUCUUGGCAUCACAGCGUUGAUGGUGGAGCCUCUCAGCCCGGAUUUCCAUUCUACUUCCCCAUGAGGAGCCUGCAGAGGGGCUACAGCUUUUCCUCCUCUGUGUUUAUCGGCCAGCACAGAGAGAAAGCCGUUUCCCCAGAGCCCUCGCAGGAAGGUCAGCUGGCCUGUCGGUGGAAGAAGUGUCACCUGCUUUUCGACUCACUCCAGGAGUUGGUAGAUCACAUUAACGACUUCCACGUCAAGCCCGAGAAAGACUCUGGGUACUGCUGCCAGUGGGAGGGCUGCGCCCGCAACGGGAGAGGCUUCAACGCCAGGUACAAAAUGCUGAUUCACAUCCGCACCCACACCAACGAGAAGCCGCACCACUGUCCCACCUGCAACAAGAGCUUUUCACGUCUGGAGAACCUGAAGAUUCAUACCCGCUCCCACACAGGCGAGAAGCCCUACAUUUGUCCUUAUGAAGGCUGCAACAAACGCUACUCCAACUCCAGCGACCGCUUCAAGCACACGCGCACCCAUUAUGUGGACAAGCCUUACUGCUGCAAGAUGGCGGGCUGUUUGAAACGCUACACGGAUCCCAGCUCACUGCGGAAACACAUCAAGGCCCACGGCCACUUUGUCGCCCAGGAGUCGGGUCCUUCUCCCAGGCUGCGGACUGGAAUGGGGCUGGGGUUCUCUGGACACCAAAACCCCGCCGAGCUGCCCUCCGUAGGCGGGGGGCACGUCAUCCUUCCAGGGACAGCGGCAGCUCUUCUCAGCAGCCUUGGAACGUCCUUGCCCCUCUCCGCUCUCUGCCACUCCAGGGCCUUGGAUCACCACGGAGCGCCCAUCUUCUCCAUGAGUGGAGGCGGCCGCUGUGGGAUCAGUCCACUCGGCCUUUCCGAUUCUGCGCUGUUGCACCUCAGGCUCUCUGCCGCGUCUAUGCUGGGGCUGGGAGCUCUGGGAGGUCUGGGUCAGGUGACAGGAAAGGAGCCAGAGGGAGACAGUGAAAACCAGGGGAAAAAAGAGGGCGAGGCUCUCAAUCUGUCUGUCGGAGAGGGACCCAGACCAGGGGAUUCUUUGUCUUGGGUCAUUGUUCCCUCAAACACAUUUUUCCUAAAGCCAACAGCUGUUAGUUAAGCUGUGAGAACCACUGUGAAUAUCGCAGCUUUGGAGGAGGAUCAGAUUUUAAUGGAACCAAAUGACAUCUUAUCAUGGCUUGAUUGCACAGUUAGGAAAUCUGUGAGUUUUGGAUGAACUUACUCGGUUAUGGUACAGUGCAAACAUUGCAGACAUGCCUGGACAAGAAUGUUUU